CGUCAACAUUCCAUAAAAAGACCCACACAGUGUUUUUCCCUGAGAAGCAGACGGACACGUCGCUGCUGCUGUUGUUGUUGCAGGCGGUCAUCAUGAGUCACGUAGACGUGAAGAACUUGAAGCCAAGUAGCUUUGAGGAUGAAUACUACGACGAGUACGACUACUACAGCCUCAGCGACAAGUACACAGAGGGGUCGGCACGCAAAGGUCGCACCAAGAAGGAGGCGAGCGAGCACACCAACAGGCCCAACCCCGCCGGACACGAGCGUAAGAUUGCUGAGAAACUGCAGAACAGCGAGAAGAAAGCCAAGGAGUGAACGGCCAGGACCGCUCUGACGGCUAAACAGGAAACGACCACGGCCUCUAUAUGGCGACCCGCCCUCAUGUGCUGCCUCGCCACGGCAGGAAGACGCCACGUGUGCCAACAUCUGAUGUCGGUGGUGUGCGUGCACGCGCACGGCCCUCCCAACUCCCUCCCCCACCUGCGGCGGUGGCGUGCACGUGAUCACGCCACGCACGUGCACCUUUGAUUGACGUGCUGGCAGCUUGUGAUUUGUGUGUUGACGCUCAAAUAAAGUUUUCAUUCAAA